UAUCACCUGACGACGACAUGCGCUCGGGUGUGCUCUUCGCGCUCGCGGUCGCGGUCGCCGCCCUCGCGCCCGAUUCCAACUGCCCGGACGGCCUCAACGAGGUCUCGCUUCUCAACAGCGGCGCGAGCUACUGCAUCACCGAGCAUCCCUGCUCGGGCAUCUACCGCAGCGACAAACCGCCGACCAAGACCGCGUGCCCGGCCGAAGGGCAGGUGUCGUCCAAGGGCGACCGCCUCAUCAUCAAGCCCACGUGCUGCGCCAUCAUCAACAACUCGACCAACGUCCUCGGCUGCGUCUUUGAAGCCGCCAAGUACACGUGCAUUGCGCCGUCGCCGUCGCCGAUCCCGACGGCGCAGCCGCUGCCGCCGCACAGCGCCAACGCGGCCGAAGUCAAGCUCGUGACGACGGCGCCGCCGACGACGGAGGUCGUUAUCGCCAAGGAGGUCAGUGUGGGCGCCUCGGGUGGUGACGCCACGACCACCGCGUCACCGACCACCGCGUCGCCGACCGUCGUCGUGCUGCCCGUGACGCAGUCGUCACCGACCACCGCGUCGCCGACCGUCGUCGUGCUGCCCGUGACGCAGUCGGCGACGCAGGCGACAGCCCUCGCGUCGGGCGCGCACCGCAAGUGGAACAUUGAAGAAGACAAUCUGAUUGCGAUCGAAACCAACGUGCCGGGUCGCGUGUUUGUGUCGAGCUGGACCCGCUGGCUCAGCCUGAGCGCGGAGAACCGCAAGCCCAAGUACGAGUACAUCACGGCGGUCGUCGAGAUUUCCGGCUCGAUCGGCGCCAACGCCUCGUCCGACGCGUCCCAAACGCUCAUCGACCAGUUCACGCUGACGGUCGACAACUCGACGAUUUUUGUCGACUUUAACGCGUCCGGCAUCCACAACGACGGCGACGUGCUCGUCGAGAUCUACGUGCAGUCGCCGCUCGAGCGCAUCGCGAUGCACGGGUCGGCCGAGGCGUUCGUCGAGGCUGGCGUCCUCGCAUCCAAGCGCCCGCUCUCGUUGUCGACAGCAACCGGCGAUCUCUACAUUGACUUGGCCAACGUGACCAACGCCACCUCGGUGACCGUGGCGGCCACCGAUGUUGGCUCGGUGCAGCUUCUCGGGCCGACGCUGACGACGGCAACGUCGGUCUCGCUCACGAGCAACGGCGACGGCUCGAUCUUCGCGUUCUUGAAGACCGCGUCGAUCACCAACGUGACGAGCCGCGCGUAUGGCUACGGCGAUAUUCACAUUUACUCGACGUCGCUGACGGUGGAGAAUGUCUACUCGAGCGUCGACGGCUCGGGCAGCGUCGUGUAUGCAAGCGGCGCCGGCGUGUGCCAGAAGCAGCAAGUCGAGAUCAGCGGCGUCGGCAACGUCGAGUCGAGCCGCCUCCUCUGCGUCGACACGAACGUCAAGAUCGACUACUCGGGCCGCGGCGACGCGAUCGUGCAGUCGAGCAACUCGAUCACGACCGAUGUCCGCGGGCCCGGCAACGUGCUGUACUUCAACUCGACGCCCAUCAAGUACCCCGCGUACAAGAAGCACUAUUACGAGAUCAAGGACGUCGACGCCAACAAGCUCAACGAAACCUCGGUCGUAUGGCCCACGUCCCAUGCGCCCAACGCGUUCCAUGUCGAAGUGACCUCGAACGGGUCGUGGCUCGAUACGGUCUCGGUCGACGACCUCGACCGCAUCAUUUUGCUUGGCUGCCUCCUCUUCUUGCUGCUCAUCCUGCUCUACAUUUUGUACCGCUGCUACAAGCGCUACAAGGACAACAAGGACCACGGCGAGUACCAGCGCCUUCAGUAA